GAUGGGGCGGGCGGCUGAUGGAUACCUCCUUCCAGCAUCUCCCAGCGCUCAGCCUUUGUGUAUCCGCACUGUUCUGACCUCAUGGUUGACUCUCUCCUUAACCUCACCUAAUCUGCAGCUCGUCAUCUGUGUGAACAAGGAUGUUUAACUACCAGCUUCGCGAGGCCUUCGCCCACCUGCGUGACCCAGCCAGCACCCGGCUGUGACUAGAGGCACCUGGCACACAGUGGAGGUGAAAGAGAGGAGUUUGGGAGGACGGAAGAGUGGUGCGGCCUUAAGUACACCCCUCACGGCGGAACCCGGGCUGCUUCGCUGCAGGUCGGGCGGGCCCCGGGUCUGCAUGGCAGAGGCAGAAGCUGGCUUGGAGGUCGAGGAACCCACCGAGGAUGACACCCUACCUUCUGACACCGUUUCCCUCAGCGACUCGGACUCGGACCUCAGCUUACCUAGUGGUACGGAGGUGCAAGUGUUGUCCCCGGAGAGGCUUUCUGGGGAAGGCCAGGAGGAUUCCGGCCCUGAUGACCCUCCCUCGCCCCCCACGGGCGUCCCCACCACCUCAGUGCAGCCGUUCCACCUCCGAGGCAUGAGCUCUACCUUCUCCCAGCGCAGCCACAGCAUCUUUGACUGUCUAGAGAGUGCAGCCCGACAGGCACCGCUCUCUGCACCCCAAACCAGUGUGAGUGACAAUGGCAGCUUCAAGCGGCCAAUGGCUCCCCCAAGUCAGACUCCACCAGGGAGCCUGAGCAGAGUGCAUGGGAGCACUCGCCCAACCAGGAUACUCCCUGUCCCUGAUUAUGUGUCACACCCCGAGCGUUGGACCAAGUACAGUCUAGAAGAUGUGGCUGAAGCCAGUGAGCAGAGCAAUCGUGAUGCUGCCCUGGCCUUUCUGAGCUCUCGCAACCAGGCAUCACCCACAGACUAUGCCCCCUCCUUCAACCAGGACCCCUCUAGCUGUGGGGAAGGGAGAGUAGUCUUCACUAAACCAGUGCGAGGCAGUGAAGCUAGGGCCGAGAGGAAGAGGGUCCUAAAGAAGGGGUGUGUGUCAGGCGCUGGGGGUGAGGCUUCUGUGGAGCUAACCCAUCUCGCUGGGCCUGAGGCUGAGGAAUGGGGUGGCCUUCAGGGACUGCCAGAGGUGGUUAUACCCUCAGAAGCUGCCCAUCCUGGGUCCUCAUCAGACCCCUCAGGGAUGGAGGCUGUUGGUUUCCAUGGUAGCAAGAAGCGGAGCAGAGACCACUUCCGGAACAGGGACAGUAACCCGGAGGGGCCAGAGUUCGAGAGAGGACCCUCAGUUUGACUGCAGUUCCAUCACUCCACCUCCUCACCUGUCCAGCCCAGGUGGG